GCAGAUCAACUGUGGGAGGCUGCACGCUGAGCGCGUCUUAAAGGAGCAGCAGCUGCUGGGACUCGGGCCAGUUGGUGAGGGAGUUGGAAAAGGGAGGAAAUCUCAUGAAGCAGUUCUUCCAGCUGCCUUCCCUCCGAAUCUGAUUGUUUUCCAAAGGGAUUAAAGACAGGCCGAGCUUCUCAGCACCUGUGUCACAUGUGGCAGAGUUUGCUGGUCAUUAGCUUCUGGCUGGAACACACACUCGGUUGGUGAGACCUUCCCCUGCCUGGAGACUGUCAGCAUCCAAUUUUCAGCCAAGAUCGAACAGGAACAGGACAGUUCACUGUCAAUCCUCAUCAAACAUUGGCAUCAUUUUAAACAGCUGGACAGUUCCACCCACUGUCCAAUUUUGGGAGAGGGAACAAAAGAAUAUAAGAUUAUUAUGUAACUUUGGCGUUGAUUGGCAUGAAAGACUGUAACUGAGUUUUUGUGCCUUAAAUUAUCAGUCAAGGUGCAGCUACUGAGUCCUGAGGGACUGGUCUCAUCAUCCUGAAGGCACUGUCUAUUUUUCACCCUCCUGCUCAGUCUCAGGGAGAUACUCAUUCACUGCAGGAAACUGAGAGGAUGUCUGAAAACCAAUGAAUUUGAGAAGUUGAGGCUGAGAGAGGGAUGAGGAUACAGGAGACGGAGUGGGAUCACUAACAGGAUGGUGAGUUGAGCCUGUGACCAAUCACCUGGCAGUGGAACCCAUCAGCCAUUUGAAAACCAGCCUCAGGACAGGGAGAGCAGGAACCCCUCUGAUAAAAUAAUGCUCUGCUCGAAGAAGAGGGUUAACCAUUCUCCAGUCAUUGUCCCAUCACUGAAAGGUCACGGGUAUCUGGAUUAUACCAUCGAAAGCCACCCGGCCCGGGCUUUGAGCAUCAUGCAGGAGUUGAGGCAAGACAGACAGCUGUGUGAUGUGACAGUGCAAGUGACCCAUGGUGGGAAGGAGCAGACAUUUGUUGCACAUCGGAUUGUCCUUGCUGCCUCCAGCCCUGUCUUCAAGGCCAUGUUCACCACCAACCUGCGAGAGCGCCAGGCCUCUGAGGUAAAGAUCCAGGGCAUCCACCCCAUGGUGAUGGAGAGGCUGAUUGACUUUGCCUACACCUCACGGGUGUCAGUGGGUGAACAGUCUGUGGUUCAACUGCUGCUGGCCAGCACCAUGUACCAGGUGGAGGGGGUGAUCAACGCUUGCUGUGAUUUCCUCAUCAAGAACCUGGACUCUGCCAAUGCCAUUGGUAUCUGCCAUUUUGCUGAACAGAUUGGCUGCACUGAACUCCGCCAGAGAGGGAAGGAAUACAUCAAUAUUCAUUUCACUGAGGUGAUCAAGGAAGAGGAGUUCUUCAACCUGACUCACUGUCAACUCCUGGACCUCAUCAGUCAGGAUGGACUGAACGUGCUGUGCGAGUCUGAUGUGUAUAAGGCGUGCAGGGAGUGGGUGCGGUGGGACCUGGAGGGUCGCACCCAGUACUUCCACGCCCUCCUGAACGCCUUGCAGAUCUACGCCCUGCCCCUUCGCUUCCUCAAGCACCAGCUGCAGGAAUGCCCAAUCCUGGACAAGGUCAAUCCGUGCCGGGAUAUCCUCUCCAAGAUCUUCCAGGAGAUGUACCUGCGGAAGCCGCUGCCCCCGGUCCGGCAGAGGGGGAACCAGCUGGUCUAUGUGGCCGGGGGUUACCUGCAGCGCUCGGUCCCCAACAUGGAAGCGUUCAGCCCCCGGAGCGGCCGCUGGCUGAGGUUAGCGGAUAUGCCGGGACCCCGCAGUGGGGCUGCCUGCUGUGUGGUGCUCGGGCUGUUCUACACCAUCGGCGGCAGGAAUAACUCUCAGGGCGCGGGCGAGAACGUGGACUCGGCGGCGCUGGACUGUUACAACCCAAUGACCAACCAGUGGAGCCAGCGGGCGCCGCUCAACCUGCCCCGCAACCGGGUGGGCGCCGGCGCCAUCGACGGAGCCAUUUACGCCGUGGGCGGCUCCUGGGGGUCAUCACACCACCGCAGCGCCGAGAGAUAUGACCCGGAAACAAACAAGUGGACAUUCAUUGCUCCGAUGAAGAUGUGUCGUAUUGGUGCUGGGGUGGCAGUGUGGAAUGGACUCUUGUAUGUGAUUGGUGGAUUUGAUGGAAAGAACCGUUUGAACAGUGUAGAGUGUUAUCGGCCUGAGAAGGAUGAAUGGAGUUUGAUCUCUCCAAUGGGAUCCCCUCGCAGUGGAGCAGGUGUUGUUGCAUUGAACAAUUAUAUCUACGUUGCUGGUGGUUUCAAUGGAAGGGAACAAUUUUCAUCAGUUGAGAGGUACAGCAUAGAGACUGAUAAAUGGGAAAAUGUUGCCAGCAUGAAGCAUAAUCGGAGCGCCAUGGGAGCAACUGCAUAUCGGGGCAAGAUCUACGUACUGGGAGGCUUUAAUCAGAACGGUUUUCUCGACAGUGUGGAGUGCUAUGACCCGGAGAAAGAUGAAUGGACAGAGGUCACUGUCAUGCUCACUCAGCGCAGUGGUAUGGGAAUUGCAGUUAAUAUGGAGCCAUGUCCAAGGAACCUGACCCCUGUUGAUGGAGACAGCUGACCAUUGCACUCCCAAACAGCUGAUGGUGCAGGAAUUGGUGGAGACUGUCACUCUCCCCACUGCUUCUACUCGUGGGAAAUGAAUUGGCAAAUUCAGACUCACCACCAAACACUACAUUUGCUGGAUGCUGCAGCACAGAAAGCACUGGGAAUUUCUGCAGAGAACAGAUAAUGAAGUGAAGAUCAAAGGGGAUAUUUACAAUGCAGGGGGCCAGGAAUACUGCAUGUGUCCCUCACCCAAGGCUCACUUUUGAAUGAUACACUCCCAGUUUAAUACUGCAAUUGACACUGUGUGAAACAAUGGAUUUAUUCACCUUUACUCUCAGAAAGGAACUGAACAGAUUCCUGACCAGGAUUGGAAAAUGGGGUUGUUGAAAAAUGUGCCAUUUUGGAAUCUCACAUUCUUGUUCCUGUUGGAGCAGGGGCUUAAUAGACUGGGUCAGGAGUGGGACAAGAGCUCACAGAACAAAAGAACAUGGAACUCGCCACUGCACAUACACACUCAUGUACAGACACUUGUACAUACACACAUGUACAUACACUCUCAGAGGCACUGUCACUACACACAUGUACAUACACACACAUGCACACUUUCUUUCUUGGGCACUCACAUAUACACGGGGUAAAAACAAUGACUGCAGAUGCUGGAAACCAGAUUCUGGAUCAGUGGUGCUGGAAGAGCACAACAGU